CUAAAAUAAAACCCCAUUUUGACCGCAACCUCUCUCUAUAUAAACAUUUUGAGUCUCAUCUCUCUCACCAACCCAACGAUUUUCUCUCUCUCUUACGAUUUAAAAAGUUAAAUAAACCCUCUCAACAACAUUGUAAUCUCUCUCUCUCUCUCUCUCUCUCUCUCUCUCUCUCUCUCUCUCUCUCUCUCUCUCUCUCUCUCUCUCUCUCUCUGUUCUUCAACAAAAAUGGCAGAAACAUCAACGUCGUCGCCAUUGAAACGCCAAAGAGAAGAACAAGAACAAGAAAUCAUACCCCAAGAAGAUACAAAGAGACCAAAGCCCUCUUCAUCUUCUUCCUCGUACAAUCAAGUUCAAUGUCUGUUAGAUGAUGCAGAAGUUGAAAAUGAAGCCGACAAUGACUUAACUUCCCUAAUCACCACACUUCAGCAAGAGCAAAACGCUGACGUUUUUGAGAAUCCUACUCUCUCUUCUUCGUCUUGCUCCUCCUCGUCGUCUUCAAAUGAAGAAGAGUACGAAAUCGACAGGGAGAAGGUGAUGAGGCAUCUUCUUGAAGCUUCCGACGACGAACUUGGGAUACCUAACACUGAAAUUAGCGGGAGUAGUUAUGAGAUGACUAAGAAUGAAACUAAUCAGGAUUAUGUUAAUGUGUUUAAUUUAUUAGAUGGGUUUGGUGAUGGGUUUUGGGAGCUUGAGGAUGAAGCUGCUAACUAUUACACGUUGCUGCAGUCAGAACUCUUCAUGUAGAAGUCCAAAAGAGUAAAAUAGGGAAACAAGAAAAAAGAGGAUCAGUAAAAACGGAAAGUAAAGACCAAAUAUGAUGUAGAAAAAAAAUAUAUAUGAUGAA